CCACAGCUCAGAAGCUGGCCCGCCCCCAUGGUUCAUCAGGGAAGCUGUGGCUCCAGCCUCCUGGGACACACACACACACACACACACACGCACGCACACCCCACAAACAACAGCCCAGGCUGGAUCUUUCCUCUGGUCUCUUCUCUUGGUAAAACUUCUCAGAGACUCAAAGAGAGGACCCAAAAUCCUGAGGCCAGCUGGCAGCAGCAGGGAAGCCAAGGGAGGCUAGAGGAUGUAGUCUGCCCUGCCCUGCUGUGGCUGCUGAACUCUCUUCUUUUUCCUGAAAACAUCCAGACUCUUUCUUCUCCCAGACUGGGAAGCAGAACACAGGCCCCCUGCUGCAACACUGCCCCUGAGCAGAGGCUGACGUCAGAGGACCAGGGGCCAUGUCCCUCAUCUCAUGGCUUCGGUGGAAUGAGGCCCCAUCCCGGCUGUCCUCCAGGAGCCCUGCUGAGAUGGUGCUGGAGACACUUAUGAUGGAGCUGACGGGGCAGAUGCGAGAGGCUGAGAGGCAGCAGCGGGAGCGCAGCAAUGUGGUCAGGAAGGUCUGCACUGGUGUGGACUACAGCUGGCUGGCCAGCACACCCCGGCCCACCUAUGACCUCAGCCCCAGUGAGCGGCUACAGCUGGAGGAUGUCUGCGUCAAGAUCCACCCAUCCUACUGUGGGCCUGCCAUCCUCAGGUUCCGGCAGCUGCUGGAGGAGCAGGAGCCAGAGGUGCAGGAGGUGUCCCGGCUUUUCCGCUCGGUGCUGCAGGAGGUCCUGGAGAGGAUGAAGCAGGAGGAGGAGGCCCAUAAGCUGACGCGCCAGUGGAGCCUGCGGCCCCGCAGCAGCCUGGCCACCUUCAAGACCCGCGCGCGCAUCUCUCCCUUCGCCAGCGACAUCCGGACCAUCUCCGAGGACGUGGAGCGGGACACGCCGCCGCCGCUGCGGUCCUGGAGCAUGCCCGAAUUCCGGGCUCCCAAAGCUGACUGACCCCUGCCGCUCCCCUGCCCAGAAGUUGAGCCGUCUACAUGGGGCAUGAUAGGCUGGUGACCGGGGCGCCGGGCCCUGGAACCUACCCACCUAGCCUUGACGAGGAGACAAGACCCGAGGCGGCCCCAUCCCAAGACGCUGCUACACAAUGAAGCGACUCCCCGCCCCACCCUCUUCCUCUGGCCACAAAGCCGAGUUAGGUCGUAGAGCAGCACCGCCCUCGCCCUCUCCCUCUCCUGCGCUAGCCUGCAGGAGCACCCCCUUCCCUAGCUGGCAGAUUCAAGACCUUGGAAGACAGACCAUUGCCCCAUCCUCAUCUCUGGCUUCUGUCUAAAAGGGGAGAGUUGCCCUACCUUUUUGCAAGACCUAGGGUAUCACCCCAAUUUCAGGGAUGUCCCAUUCACUCCCCUACCCCCAUCCCCAAUGAUAAGGGACCUGUUGAAUGGUACCCAUUCUUGCUAGUGACUGGCUGAGCUCACCACUGCAGGUGGGUCACAGCCUCACCGGCAGGUACAGCUGGAAGCAACCAGAGAGACAAUUAGAUCCACUUUCUUCAGCUAGUAAAUUCGGAAAUUGAGUCUCAGAGAGGAACACUUCUUCCACCUUUAACUGUAGCCAGCUCCUCAUGAACACUGAGAUUUCCUGCAUGAAUAGUGUCUGUUCCUGAGUCUGGAAUCCUGGGCUGUGAUGGGACAGGUCCAAAGGCUGCAUCUCUACCUACCUUUGGCCUGAUCUAUCUCUUACCUUGGCACUGGGAUGAGGGUCUAAGCUGCUCUCCAAGAAGGGUAGCUAAGGGUGGAGGUAGGUUACUCAUUACCCCAUGCCACAGUGUCAUCACACGGGCUGUGGCCAGUGCCUAGCAGCUUCUUCCAGAGGCUAAACUUCAAGGCCUUCAGACGCUGCUGUAAAGAGGUUUUUCAAUUCCAGGAUUCCCCCUUCUGCAGCUGGUCACACCUGCUCUCUGACUUUCUCCAGGAAGUGAUGCGCAAACCCCUGACUGACCAUGAGGCACCUGAGUGAAAUGUUCUAGAAGAGCUUCCUGCAGACUUCACUGUCCUUCCAUUUUCUAACAUGGUUAGGCCUUGAUGAUGGACGUGGAUCAUCCAUGGAAAAUCUGGAAGGCCAGGAGGCCUUCUCACAUACUCUGGGGUUGAAGUGGAGUAUAAAGGGGAUGGGUGGGGAAAGUGUCUACCCUCAACUACCAGUGCACACGCAGAAAAUGCAAGUGGAUCUUACUAGUAGCCUAAAUAAAAUGCCAGAAGGAGAUAUAAUCAA